GAGCUGGAGGAUAAAACUAGUUUGUGACACUGAGACAGGAAGAACUCAGCUGGAGGAAAGAGAGUGAGGAGAUGUAAUUAUGAGGUAAGUUGUUUAAACAAAACAGAUCCUCACAGUGAGGUCAACCUCUGCUAUGUUUGAUGUAAACAGACUCUCCCAUUAUCACACGUGUGAUUGGACUCUAUAGACGCGAUACAAACACGCGAAUUAAGCAGUUCAUUGGUUUUAUUCGCACUUGGUGUGAACACAAAGUAAGCGUGUAGCAGUCUAAACCCUUAACAGUCUUAGUCUAGAUCAGGUAAAAAGCCUUUAGUAGUCUUAGCUUUAGAAUCGGAGUCUGUUGCUGCAUUACCAAGAUCUGGUUCAAGCCUGAUAUGAUGCUGGACUUCAAUGCCUCAUAAAUGUUCUUCCUUGAGCUGCGUCACCCCGCAGCAGUCGAUGGACUCGCUCCGAGGUCUCCAUACAUCAAACGGCUGCUGGCAGAGAGUAGGUGAAUUGUGUUAAGUCUCUUUGCUAAAGAAAUUAGGCAAAGUUAUAAAAGAUGUUUGGUGGCUAGUGCUAUGUCUUGGACCCUAUAUGUACUGUUGAUGAAGUUAGGUGCUGUUCUGAGCAUUAUUUGUGGCUAUAGAGUGGCGUUUUGGUUGAGCGCGUGGCUCUCUGUAUUGCUAUCUGCGGUCGUCCCUAAAGUUGGUAUAACUAAAGAAGCAAGCGGUCUGCAACAUUCAUCUCUCAACGGGGUGUCUAACUCGGUGUUAAUGGUGUGUUUGACCCUUACUCAAUUUCAACUUAAUACUGUCUGGCAGUAACACCAUACCAGGUGUCUGUCAUUAUAGUUUGUUGAAGUAAGGUAUAAUGAAUCUGAACAUAUGCAAACUGAGAAGCGUAUGUAUUUGAUGACUGAUUGGUUUCUGCUGAAAGCUGGCACCCUGCAAAGAUGAAAAAUUGAUGGAGGACAUGCAGCAGAGCGACCAAACUGAUGCAGAGUGACCUCAGAUUUAAACACGAGUGAGUGAGGUCAGAGCGAGACGAGUCCUUUUUAUUAAAAAUUGACAUUCAUCGAGGAAAAAUAGGACCCACUCUGCUUUAGUUUAUCUUUGCUGUAUGAGAAGUACACCUCUGUGGCACGCUGUAAAGCACAUCACUGAAUGUUAUUUCUCCAUUUGGAUUGAAAAAGUAAAGAAAAUCGACUUUCUACAACUGGAAAUGCUGAAAUAUUGAUGGAUCUGCAUUAUUUUGAUGCUCUGAUGUUUCCUCACCCUAGAGGACAGAAAUCCAACUAAAAGCAAAUAAAAGGUAUUUCAAGUAGAACAAGCUGCAUAUCCAGGUUUAGAAAAAUGUUUUAAUAAAUAAAAAGAUUUUACCGCUCAGACGUUUCUGUAUUGAAAUGAAAAGAAGAGCGUCCAUCUGCAGCGUGCAGCAGUUUAAUCAUUUAACUGAGAGAGGAAAGAAGGAGGAAUAUGAAUUAUUGAAAAACUGUUUCAAAAAACAAGGACUCUGUUUUAUCAAAAACAUUUUUACUAUCCCAUAUUUUCCAUUCAUUGGUUUGUGCUCUCUGCGAGAUAAUCCUUCGUAAAACAUGAGAGGAUCUUCUUACACAGAGAAAAAAAAGUCAUUAAUCCAAGGGCAUCUUCGGUCUACAUCAAACAUUUACACUGAGACACUAAUCUGCUUGAUGCUGAGUCACUAAAGACAAUGAGCGUUUAUAUUUCCCGACUUCCCUGAAUGCAUCAGAAAUAAUGGAUCUGACCUCUAUUCAACAAACAAAGAUUUAAAGGUUGUUUUCUUCUCCUCCUGCGGACAGACCUGACAAAUCUUGACUUUUGACUUUUUACUAUCCUGCUUCAUUAUGUUUUUAUUUCAGCAAACUGAAGAAAAUCACAAGAAUAUUAGUUUCAGGUUGUGAAGCCUCUGUGUAGCUUACUAUUUACAGUUAAACUGAGACUCGCCUGGUUCGUACUCCUGGUGUUUGUUUGAGUUUGACUUCUGGUAUUUACUGAGUGAAUCUCUGAGGACGGGAUGUUCAGUGUUUUCAUAUGUUGCUGUUUUUCUCUGUGUUUGUAUUUGAGUGUUUAUCAUAUGAAGCCCACAAAUCCUUUGCAGCCAUAAUUGUAUCAUAAUUUUUUUUUAAAUUAAUAAAAAUAUGCCUCAGGUUUAAUUCUCGGGAUUAUUCAGUCCGUUCUUAGCCUAUGACGGUGGAGCUCAGUUUAUUGUGUAUAAAACAUGAAUAAUUAUUUAGUUUGAUGCUGAGAAUAACUGACAGCUCAUGGUCUGUCUGAAUUGUGUUUUUUUAUGUUGUAUUAGUGCUGAUUUAGGCAGUUUUGUAGGUGCUGUCUGUUUUUUCUUAUGGUAUUUGUAUAUAUAAGGAGACAGAUGAUGGGCUUCAACUUUCUGUGAGCCCCCCUAUUUUUUCUAAAAGUGGUCAUCUGAGCUGAAUGGAUCAUCCAUAACCAGAGCUGUGACAAGAAAAAGCUUUAAAUCAUCCUCAUGUAUCCAAUCCAAUCCGCUUUAUUUAUAUAUUACAUUCUAAAAAACGUUCAAGUCUACCAAAGUGCUGCACAGUAAAAUUAAAAGAACAGACAAUGCUGAAAACAUCAAGAUAAAAUAAGUAAAAGCAGGUAAAAAUGAAAUAAAAUAAAUGAAAUAAAAACAUGAAAGCAUAAAAGAAAUAAAAGUGAUAAAAGGACCACAAAGGACGUAAAAAGACAGAGAUCACACAACCGUCAUGCUUUUGGAACCACGAGUUGGAGCUGAUCAGCAGACCUCAGGGAACGUGUGGGGGUGUAAACAUUUAAGAGGUCAGUAAUGUACUGUGGUGCUGAUCCAUUUAAAGAUUGAAAAACAAACAAUAAAAUGUUAAAAUAAAUUCUAAAAUGGGCAGGAAGCCGAUGAAGGGACGCCACAAUUGGGGUGAUGUGGUCAUGUUUACGUUUACCUGUCAAAAGGCGAGCAUCAGCAUUUUGGACUAAGUAUAAGCGUGGGAGGGAAGCCUGAUUAACACAGAUGUAAAGAGCGUUACAGUAAUCCAAUCAUGGAAAAUAAAAGCAUGAAUGACUUGCUCAAAAUCAUUGAAAGAUAUUGAUUUGAUUUGUUGAGCUUAAACUGCCAAUAGAAAAUCUUCAACUUGCCUCUAGAGUUCAUGACAACUUCUCAACUGACUGAAACAACACCUAGGAAAAGUUUCUGCAGGUGUGCUCCUCUCUCUUUAAGCUUUAGACUACCAGACUUCACCCUGUCCCCUCACAGAAGGUCUCCUCCACGGGGGGUCUCCAUCCUCCAGUCCUCCUCAGGUGAGCUCAUUAUGGGUGCACACUGACUGCUGCUGCUCCUCGUUUGUUCUGGACAAAGCCGUGUCAUUUAAAUCUAAUUAAAGGUGGGGCUGUGGAGCCUGAGAGCACAUGAAUAUUUUAAUGUGUUUUCACCCUGAAUCUUAAUGAGAUGGUAAUUUAUGAGAGCUGCAGGCUUCAUUUAGGACACUGAACAAAUGAACUGGAUUCAGGAGAUUCCCUGAAGUCAUCCACUUACUUUAUCUUUCUUUUUAACUCUUCUGUAAAAUGUUGUAUUAAUUGUGACUGACUUAAUAUUUAAAAUAUCAGUUUGUUCUUCAAUACAGAGUAAUUUUCUGGAUCGAGGUUUAGACUCGGUUCAGUUUAAGACCACAUUUAAAGGUAAAACUGUUCUUCACCCUCACAGGCAGGUUUCUUAAUCUUCUUAUCCUGUUGUUCAAUCAGACGUCCCCUGUCAUUUCUCGGUCCAAAUACUCGCUCCCCCUGCUCAUUAUACUUGUGAAUGAACUUCCAUCAGAGGAACCAGGAGCAUGAGGAGGCAAAGGGAACAACGAGACACACACAGGUGAGACUAACAGGACACGGGUGGGAGAGAACAGGGCAUGAAGCACACAAAGACAGGAAGUGAAAGACCUGGUAAACCGGAGGUAAGAACUACAAAAUAACAUGUUUGAUUUAAUAUUAAUAUAGAUCUUUUUGACCAGUUGAUUAUUUUACAAGUCUCUGCAUUUCUAUGAUGAGUUGUUGACGAUUAUAGUAUAAAUCCCAACUUUUCUAUAUGAGUAGACCACAUUUUGUUCUUGAAUGGGGUUGAUUUCCCGAGUUAUUCUAUAUUUUGUUGUCUUUUAAGUAAGUAGGAAGGUAAGUAAAUUUAAUUUAUAUAGCACUUUUUAUAGAUAAAAUCAGAAAGUGCUUUACAACAAGGAUAAAAUGCAACAGAAUACAGAGAAACACAAUCCAUAUAAUGGCAUAGAUACAAGCACUUCACAGAGGACCCACAACAUCGACAUCAGUUAAAAGCCUGUCUAAAAAGAUAGGUUUAAAGUUCUUUCUUAAAACAUUCAUUAGACUCUAUGCUACGUAAGGUCAGUGUUUGUGGGGCACUGGUCUGGAAACAGCAGUGACCUCGUGUUUUAAAACAGGUGCGAGGGGCCAUCAAGAGUUUGUGGUCUGAUGACCUUGGUGAACGUGAUGGGGAAUAGGGUCUCAGCCGCUCAGUGAUGUAAGAGGGAGCUUGAUCAUGGAGGGCUCUAACCCUCCUCCUGUGUUAGGGUCUGCACCAACCUGUUUUUGUAUUUAAAUGCUCAAAAGAACCACUUAAAUUAUGUUUUUUUGCAUCAAGACUUUUUGACUUUGUCAGAAAUCUCUAUUUCCACAAAAUAAAAAAUAUAAAUUGACUAAAUGAUGAAAUGCUCUUAUUAAAAUUAUGAAACUUAUGGUCACUGUCGACCCGGUCAUAUUAAUAUUUAAUAAUUAGAGCAAAAACUAAAAUCAUAUGUGCUCUGUCCGGCACCGCACUGACAGUCAGAUCCUCUUCCAAUCAUGUGAGAUUUAGGAAAUUCUCAUUUUGCCAUGUUUUUUCCCUGCACAAAAAACAACAUCGGACAUGUCCAGACAUGAGAUCAAUUCAGUAUAGAUGUCUGUGUGAGGGGUAUACUGACAAAGAAAGGCCCAGAGGACCACUACAAAAACUGUUACAAUAUUUUCAUGGAUAAUGAAGCCUCACAAGGUAACCCAGAGAUGAGAACCAAAUUGGAUAAUAGAGAAUUAUUUUUAGUGUCAUUUACAGCUGAAGACAUGGGUCAAAACCGACCCUCAACAUACUGGGUGCAUAGUAAAAACUAACACAGGAGGAAGGUUAAAAGCAAGAACUAAAAUGUUAAAAUGAAUCCUAAAAUUAACAGGUAACCAGUGUAGGGAGUAUAAAAUUGGGGUGAUAUGGUCCCUUUUCCUGGAUCCAGUUACAAGCCUUGCAGCUGCAUUUUGGACAGUUUGAAGGCGAUUUACAGCCUUUUUGUUGAAACACAUGAAAACAGCAUUACAGUAGUCAAUGCGGGAUGAAACAAAAGCAUGAAUUAUCACCUCCAUUUCAGGUCUUGAAAUCAUAGACCUCAGUUAAGCGAUGUUCCUCAGAUGAUAAAAGCAAUUCUUCACCAACUGUUUACAGUGGUGGUCCAAGGACAUGUCCUUGUCAAACACAGCACCCAGGUUACGUAAGCUAGGCUGGGCAGAGAGACCCACUACCUUUCAAAAGGUACAUGUUUCGUUUAAGGGUUUGAUACUGGAUCACAGAUGGGCUGCUGUUAUAGAGGGAGACUGCCCCCCAGUGGACACAGAGAUGCUGCUGAAUGGUUCCACAAUCAGUAAUCAUCUAAUCAAGCUGUUAAUUUCUAAUGAAUGCUACUCCAAGGACCAAAACAUGAUACUUUUAGCUAAUAUGACUGUUUUUGUUUUUUUUUCCAGUGGAGAUGUUUCCUCAGUAACAGUCUUUGUGAAGCUCUGAGGGAGAAUCAGCCUCAUUUGUUAAACAGAGAGCAGCAGCUUAGGGAGAAAAACAGGUACGAUCAUCACAAACAACAUUAGCAUUUCAAAGAGGAGAUUUCACAGUCAAACACAGGCCUCUCUCAGUUUAAUACAACUCAAAUCUUCAUUAGCUUCCACUUGAAACAACAAAAUGAAACUAUUUAACCUAAAAAUAACAGCUUCACUCUCAUUUUAGUGCUAUUUCAGGUCUUAAAAGCCUUUCCAGUAACAGUAAACAGAUACUAUUCUUUGCAAAACAACUUACAAAAGCCUGCAGUUUAAGUCCACUAUUUACCAGACAUACCUUAGUGUCUCCUGUAAGAACAUUUUGACAGAAUUGAAAACACCAAAAAGGACUCUGACAGAAGGGAAAGAGAGGGACCAGACCAGCUUUUUAAUCUGUAAUUAUUGUUAAAAAUGAUAUCUUAAAAAAGCUAUUCAAACUCUCUGUGAAGGAUUUGUGCUGCUCGGUGAAUUGAUCCCUGUGUGCAGGUCUGUGUGUGAUUUCCUGAUACCACCAGAGGAGCUCAUCUGAGCAGCUGCAAUUAGAUUUUAAUUUAAAGUAGAAACAUGAGACGACUGCUUACAGAAAUACUCCUCAGCUGAGUUUAGUCUUCCUCUGUAUAUGUGCAAUAAUUCAUCUGCAUAUUUACACAAUACUUACUCUGUACAGUAAACUUGUGAUUAGCUCUGUUUAUGUGCAAUACUUUUCCUUUAAAUGUGCAUACUACCUUUGUGCAUACACAAAACAGUCUCAGUUUUUUCUGUGUAUUACUACUCAAAAUAUACCUUUCCACCUUUGCACCCCUGUACCCACAUCAAGAGUGUCAAUCAAACUUUUUGACUCUUCAGCUUGAAUAAUUUCUCAGUAUUUCCUGCAGGAUGAGCAGAGGUCCAUCAAGCUUUAACCUUUAGAGAGAGAGAUGAAAACAUGAAACAACAAGCUUGAGGCAUUAAAACCAAUCAAUAUGAUGUUACCUAACCUUCUUAUACAACUUAUUGUUCAGAAGAUCAAUGAAAACAUUCAGUGAUGGUAACAUUAGGGAGGUGAGAGGAGGAGACGGAGAAAUCUGAGCAGAGAUUACAGGACGGACUGGGUUUCAGCGUCAUUAUUGCAGACAGAUGACAGACAAGAUAAACAUUAAGUUUGAAAUCUAAGUAAUUCAAAUUUAUGUUUGUUAAUUCAUUUUACCUUCAGUUGAUUUUUUUUGUGGAGCUUGUAUUUAAAGGCAAAGAUACAGGAUUGUUUUUUAUUUGUUUGUUUUUUUUGUUAUAAACCGCUUUUUAUGAAUCAUUUUCAGUGUUCACUGUCAGAACAGUAGAGUACAGGACUAAUUCUGGGAUAUUCCAGCGUAAAAUUAACUUAGGAAAAACAUUUUUGAUAAUUACUUCACCUUAAAGUAAUUAUCACCAUAUUAAUCAUUUUGCUCAGCAGACACAGUAGGUCUUCUGCCUUAGCGUCUCGGUCUGAUUGCAUUUCCAUAAAGAGAUGAUCAUAAAUGUUCUUCCUUGAGCUGCGUCACCCCGCUGUAGUCUGUAAUGGACUGGCCUACAAACAAGCGGCUGCUGGAAGAGAGUAGGUGAGUUGUGUUUAGUCUCUUUGCUGAAGAAAUUGGGCAAAGUUAAAAAGAUGUUUGGUGGCUAGCACUAUGGCUAGGACCCUAUAUGUACUGUUGAUGAAGUUAGGUGCUGUUCUGAGCAUUAUUUGUGGCUAUAGAGUGACGUUUUUGUUGAAGUUUGUUUAUGGCUCCUCAGACUGCUGUGUAUUGCUAUCGUGCAGUCGUCACUAAAGUUAGUAUAGCUAGAGAGGCAGGCGGUCGGCAACAUUCCUCUUUCACGGGGGUGUCUAACUCGGUGUUACAGUGUGUUUGACCUUAAAUUAAUUUUACGCCGGACUAUCCCUUUAAAGUCUUUAAAAUGAGACAACAUAAAAAUAUGAUCAUGUCAGCACCAACAAUAAGCUCCACAGUCACCUGAUCAAAACCCUAACUUUAUCACUGGACAACUCUGUGAGGUCAGCUUCAGCACCGGACAGCUCCACAUCAAUUUGCGUUUAGAUUAGUGAUUUCAGCACUGGACAGUUCUGCUGCUGUGAGGGCCUUGUCUGAGAUUUCAGCACUGGACAGCUCCAGAGCAGUCCUGCCCUCCUAACUGACAGCAGCCCGGAAGACUGAUUAUCUAGGUUUGGGCCUUCAACAUGUUCCUGUAACAUCAUGUACUGUUUCUGACAAGCAGACCUGUACACAGUGUGGUUCCAGCUUGUCUGUUCUUGGUUUUCCCAUCACUCUGCAGGAGACAGGAGAAUGAUAGCAAGCUACCAUCAAUCACAGCAUUUUCUGUCUCCUGUUAAACUCAGUUUCCCUGCAACCAAACCAACUCUGCUUGAAUAACUCUAAUAUGAUUCACUUGGCUAUAUCAUGCUGCUUUGUACGGGUGGGAGAGAAAAUUGUUUCACAUAAGUAUUGCGAUUUUUUGUUUUACAAUUUUUUAAAUUGAUUUUUAAGUUCAAAAAAUGAUUUUUUUUUUUUUUUCAAAUUUAAGAAUAAAUCUUAAAAACUGACUUACAUGUGAUGUGUAUUUUGGGGGGAAAUAAGAUUCCUGGAACAGUCAGUGGAAAAUCAUAGUCAUUCAACUGUUUCACUGGUGUGAAAUAUGCAGAUUAAAAAUCAAGAAAAUUGACAAUAUCGUAAAAUCGCAAUUUAAAUCGAAUCAGCAUCCAAAAAAUCAUAGAAGACUCAAAUCAGAAGAAAAGCAUAGAAAAGACCCUUUUUUCUUUUUUUUCUUUUUUUUUUAGCUCUACUGCUGUGUAUCACCAUAUCAAUAAAAAAGUCAUCAUAAAUACUGUUAAUCAUUGGAGUGACUUCCAGCAGACCAAAAAGUGGAUAGUUAAUGCCUGACAACCUCAAACCAACCUACAGAGGGCAGCCAAGGACAGACUUAAUUACCUCGCAAAUUACCUUCAUGGGCAGCAGAAGAAACACACAGCAGGGAACACAAAUAAUCAAAUAAUGUGACCGAAUUUAAACUCACCUAUAGAGGGCAGGAGAGGAUAUUUGGCGAUUGGCAAUUCUCUACAGAAUCCACUGACAGGGGACUGCCCCUAAGAGAAAAGGAACUGACCAUACACCACUUUGAUGGCCAACCUGUAGGGGGCACAAAGAAACUAAAUACUUAGCAAUUUAACAAACCACCUACAGAGGGCACUGUAUGGCAAUACCCACUCUGAAAAUACUGACCCCUGCUGGCUGCUUUAGGUGGGCUGUGGAGUUACAGGUUGAAUUUUUAUAUGUUUAGAGUGCCUCAAUCCCCCUGCCAGAUUACCUCUUUUAUUUUAUCUGGGAAGCCUCUUUGAGAUUAUUAAUCUCUUUUGACAGAGAGCCCUGAAUGAGAUCUGCAGCAGGACAUUGCCUCUGUGUAUAUAUCUGCUCCACAUACCUUUAGUUUAGUGUGUCAGUGCUCACUGAGGAUGUUUAGGCUUCCAUGUUUGAAGAUGGGAGCUGAUAGAGGCGUGUCGUCCAUAUUUAAACAGCAUCUCAGCUCUAUCUGCAGCUCACCUGAGGACAUCCCAGCGUUAUCUGAGAUAUGCAUAUCUGAUAGUAAUCUCUUCUUCUUUUUUUACGUGGAAUGGAAGAUGACACUUAAACAAAUAUAAACUCUGUCCCAGUAUAUAUGGUCUUCCUCAAUCCUCUGUUCAAACAGAGUUAUACAACAUCCUUUAUCUGCUUCCUCUUUUUUUAAUCCUCUUAUUUUAUAGCCAUCAUUACAGAAUGAUGCUUCACUGGAUCAAAAUUAUAAAACAUACACUGAAGUUAAAUAUUAGAGGUAUCUCUGACCUCCAAAAUAAAGCAUAAGGAUCAAACAAAUAAAGGAGGACGAGGUGUUUCUAUUAGAAACAGUCAGAAAGUCACAGAAGCUGCUCAGCUGGACUCAGCCGUGUUCCUGUUUCUGUUUGCGGCUCAUUAACUUUAUUUUAUCUACACAAAAACACAAAGAUGCAGAGUAUGAGGACGGGCCCACAGGUGCUACACGUGAGAACUGAUCUGAUGUAGGAAAUCAAGUUUGGAUCUGUUUGCAUAAACUGUUUCUCCUGUUAUUCGAUCAGUCUGCUGGUGCAGCACCUGAUCAUCUACAGUUUUCAAACUGGGCUGACAUGCAUGACUACAACAAUUCCAGCUAAAGUUAAUGAAACAUGACAAAGGUUUUACUGGGUCCUUACCAUCUCUGCAUGCUGCAUUAAAAAACAUGCUUCAUAAACUCUUAAAGAGACAAACGUUUGGUUUCUCUUUUCCUCUGAACACUUUUGGUGGUUUAACUCGUUCUGUUUGGGAUUAUUUACUGUGACACCUGACAGAUAUGGUGCUAGAGCUGUUGUAAAGUUUUGUCAGGAUAAAUCAUGCCGGUAUAAAUUAUGAAAGUUAUCACGGAGCAGACUUUUUAAAGGAUCAUACAGAGAGCAGAGAGAUCAGUCUAAAUCAUUAAAAACAGAGUCUGCACGGAUCUCUGCGUUUUCACAUCCAGGGGAGGGUCGAGGGAGGGUGAGUACUGUGUGUGUGUGUGUGUGUGUGUGUGUGUGUGUGUGUGUGUGUGUGUGUGUGUGUGUGUGUGUGUGUGUGUGUGUGUGUGUGUGUGUGUGUGAGUGAGAGCUGCAGUGCACACAGGAUGUUUAUGGAGAAGACUCUCCCCUGAUCGUCCUCUCUCUCUCUCUCUCUCUCUCUCUCUCUCUGUGUGUGAGUUCAGAUUCUUUCAUGAAGCUCAGACUGAUUCACAGACUCCUCUUCUUAUUAAAUAGUCUGUCGGGAUCAUGAAUGUCGUCUUCAUGUGGAAACCAGGAGGAAUAGCAGCUCUCACUCUUCUUCUGCAGUUUUGGACUCAGGUCAGACUCUGCUGUAAAACUUUGUGAGGACAGGAUUGUUAAAGUUGGUGUUUUUUUUUCUCAACUCUUAGAUGAAGUUCUGUGAAAUCAUGCAGUCAUGGUGCAUCCCUGUUUGUCUGUUACUGUGCAUGUAUUAAAGCUGCUGGUGUGCAUGUGUCUGCAGGCUAAAGCUGUUCCCCCUGAAUGCGACCCAAACUUCAUUUUGCUCCAGGAUGAAUUUUCUUGUUUGGAGCGGCUCAGGAACAACCAGAGCUCCCACAGCUCAGGAACUACAGGUGAGUCCAUUACAGGUUUGGGUGACAAGAUAACAAAUGUGCAGUAUCUCUAACCUCACACAGCAGUAUGAAUCCCAGCAGACCUCCUGCUCUGAAUACAGACAUUUCACCUCAGGUUCAGGGACAGAGAGCUGCAGGAUGAGGACUAAAGCGGAUAUCGCACCUUCAUCUUUGCAAAAGUCUUGAAAUUUAACAUGCUGCCCUUUACUGAAGCCUUGAUAUGUCACUUUAAAAUGCUUUGAACUCUUUAUGAUUUUAUUUCUCCUUUAGUGUGCAGUGCUGUUUUAGUCAUUUAUGUGUUUUUAUGCUCCUGUUGCACAAUGAAGAGGCAGUAUAGGUGUCAUGUAUUCAUUCGUUCUCUGGGGAUGUUGACAGUGGACACAAAGUCAUGCAAAUACUCCAAACUGAACUGUCUCUCCUGGUUUUGUGACACAUUAAUCAUCAUAAGAUAACUCUAACCCUGUUGAAAGGUUUUAUCAGGUCAUAAACAGACUGACUGAUGUCUCUUUGUGAACCAGAGUCGUGUCCAGACACUUUUAACAAGGUGUCCCAGCUGGGGCUCUAACUCAUAGAAAGGUGGCAAACUCAUAUUUAAAUGAAGAUCAUUUAUUUACCUUUUCUAUUAUAUCUUUUUUUAACCCUUUAAUACCUUUUGUAUCAUAUUUGAUACAUACUUUUAUAUACUUCUAUCAAAUCAAUACGAUCAACAAAUUACUAAAAAAAACUGAAUGCAGUCCGAUAAAUGAUAAAAAUGUCCUCUUGUAGUUUAUUAGUUUCCGAAAACAUCCGAUGUAUCAAACGAGAUAAAUAAAUAUAUUUGUUAAAUUUGAAGGACAUGUUGAUUUUUUUUUGUUUUCAGUAGUAAGUCAAAUAAAUAUUUCAGCUCCAAAAUAAUUUUAAUUUUCUGGCCAUAAUUUGUGGUUUCAGGCAUUAUAGGGUUAAAAACCAAUAUCUAAGUAUUGGUGUGGAUGUAAAAUUUCUGAGCAUAAUUUUGUAACUUCAGAAAGUAACCAUGGGGACAUUUUCAUUGGCUGCUGUUGCCUGAUUGGAUUCUUUUCAGCCUGUUUAGGAAGUUUUGAGCUGGUUUGUGUUAUAAGUCAGAGAGGCUUUUGAUUGCAUUACAAACUACAGUGCAGUAAAAAGCUUCUUAUUUAAUUUAAUUUAAUUUUACUAGUUUUUUCGAACAUAUGCGUGCAACACCAAAAGUAAACUGAAAACAAACACAACCAGUGAGAAUAUUCAAAACAACGUUAACAAUAAUCAAAGCAAAAUAAAUAAUAAUAAUUAAAAAAAUUAAAAUAAAAAUAAUUUAACAAGCUGCUCUGUAAAAGCAUAAUUGUAAAAUCAAACAAUUAUUUUCCAACUUAAUUGCCACAAUUUUACUUAAUUCUCAAAGUGCAUUAAGGAAAAAGCAUCCUUGACUUGACUUGUUAUUUGUAGCCCACUCUUAAAAGUAUUCUGAUUUUUCUGUUAAGUUUGGAGACAAAAUCUGCAGCACAAAAAGUUCCCUCACUCAAACACAUCUCAGGUUUUACAUGAGCAUUAAAACUCUGAUGUUUCUGCAGCUGAUCACAGGUCAGACUGAGUUUGAGUAAAUCCACACCUGCAGAGGAUGUUUAAAGAGUAAAACACGUUUAAGUUCAUCAUCCAUGAGGAAACCUCCCUGACAUGGACACCCUGCAGUCCGUGUCUGUUCAGGUGUUUAUUUUCCAGGAAGUCUAAAGAUAGAGAAAGAGCAGUGAUAGAAUAAAAGCUGUUUUUACACUCCUCUCUGUCAUUUUCACUGAACGUGUCGACCCGGGAGGAAACAACACAGACCUCCACCCAUCACUGCAGCCGCUAACAUCGUGAUCUGUCAGCUGAUUACAUUUACUGACCACUAAAAACUUUAUGUUGCCAUGGUUACGGCUCCCAGGUGGGUAACAGAGAGGAGAGACCUGCAGAGGAAUCACAUUAGGGUGACUGAUGCUGGGUGAGAUGAAGCUGCACGUUUUAACACGUCUUUACUCAUCUGUUAGAGACGAUUUUACAGACAGUUUCUUCGUGUUUUCAGCUUAAAAUGAAACAAACACUCAUCGUCGUUACUACACUUCUUUUGCCAUAAUGCUGCAAAAAUAAACGUACUUCUCAAGGACACGGUACUGCUUGAAUUAAAUCUUCAGUUUGCAGAAAUCUACAGUUUACUGACUGCAGCUUGACGGCUGUGUUUGUUGCUGUUUGGACAGUCGUCCUUAAAAAAAGCAGCCCUGUCUGUGAGAGUUUAUAGCAGAAUAACUAUCUCUCAGCAGUAAAUCACAGUCUGAAGUGUCUGCUGAAUCUCUGCCCAAAAAUACUCAGAAUGACUCUCGGACUCUUAAAGUAAAGUUAUCUGAUAGAGGACAGAUUUAGAGUAAAAAUCAGCAGAGCUGUAUUUAUAAAAAGAACUGAUCAUUUAUCUGAUGGGAAGUUUCAGUAUUUUAUUUAAAACCACUCCAUAUAAGAGUUAAAGCUGCUCUUCAGCCAAAUUCUUCAGAUGUUUUCUUGCAGCUGCAAAGCUGAGAGGAUAGAGGAGGAGGAGGUUUUUAAUGUCUGAGGCCGAGGGAUGUGAUUUCUUCAGGAUUUCAGAAAAACUAUUUAGAUCCUGAUUCCAUAUUCAAUCACUGACUGAAGACAAAGCUAAGUACCCACCUUCUCCCUGUGUGCAGCAGUGAACGCAUUAAUGUUGAGGUAUUUACAUAUUUGAAGUUAAAAGGCUUUGCUGCGCAGCUUUAGAGCUCAGAAAAAACUUGGUGUUUACUCAAAGUGCAAGACAUUUGACAAAAUAUAAACUUUAACGCGGGGGAAACCGUAGACUGUAUAACAACUGGAUGUAGUUUCAGUGGCAGCAUCCAGCUGUUUCUGAAGUGGAGUUCUGAAGCUCAUGCGCAGAGGUCGUCAUCCUGGAAAUACUGGGUUAGGGUGAGGCCUUCAGUCUCCUCGCUAACAGCCACAGUGUGUCCACCAGUCAGUCAAGUCAGUGUCUGAUUCACCGAUCCUGUAACCUGAAAAUUCACUCCCUGUACUCCCUGAAACUGCACUCAGUCUAUCAAUGAAAGAAAUAUCUGUUUCUGUCUCUUCCACGUUUUUUUUCUUCCUUCUGGAUCUUUAAUUGUGUCUUUCUUACACUCAGAUUUACGUCACUCAUCAGACUUCAUUUCUGUAGUUGCUGUAUUUUAUUCUUUUCCUUGUUAAAUAAUAGUUUCCCGUCUCUGUCUCUCUGUCAGGCUGCAGGGGUUGGUGGGAUCACCUGAACUGCUGGCCUCACGCUGCUGUCGGAGACGUGGUGUCUCAGCCCUGUCCCAGGUUUCUGCACACCACAGGUACGUCACAGAUUAACUUUAGCCCCGCCCAUGAAGGUGGAGGGGUGGAGCUGCUGGAAGGACUGCUAUAUAGAUGUGAUGAAACCAUAUCUUUGACAUCACUCAGAGGGUUGAUUUAAUGUCUCAGAAAGUUACAGAUGGACCUCUAUGAUGCAAACAGUCAUGAGUUAACCAUACUGACUUCUCUCAUCAUCAUCAAACUUUGUGUAUCUGUGUUAGUGUAGCAUCUUUAUCAGUAUGUUUAUCAUCUCUUGCGCAGGUCAGGUGUUCAGAAACUGCACAGAUGAGGGCUGGUCUGAGUCUUUUCCUCCUCACCAUGAAGCCUGCGAGUACGGACUCAACCUCAGCUUACCUGCAGAGGUGAACACCUGCUUUUCUCAAUCUCUUAUUCUUACAUUUCCAUGAAUUUUAUUUAUCCUCUGUCAUUAUAUUUGUCAUGAUGCUGUUUAUUAAAGCUUCAGGAGCAGAAGUUAUAUGUCUCAUGAAUUCAGACCUCUCCCUCUCCCCCUUUUUCUCCUGAUUCCUUUCUGUUUUUCCCUCUGAAGGACCAUAAGGGUUUGUUUCCUGCCCUACAGUGUGAGCUUCAACUCUGCUGAGUGCCCCUAAAUCCACAGAAACAAGAUGUUAAACUCGGAAACAUAAAAAGCAUAAAUAAUUGUUAAAUUGAGUCUCAUCUCUGGUGUGGUCCUUCGCCGGUGAAGCUGAAAUCACUCUGCAGCUUAUGUCUGAAUGAGCUGCAGCUCGGCCCGUCUCUGUCUGAUUCCCACAGUCUGUUAGUGAUUUUGAAGAGCAGCUUCAGUGAGCGCUGAGGUCUGCUUUCUGUCGGCUCUGAGAUCUUCCUGCAGGAGGACAGCAGAGCUUCACUCAGCUGAUUUAGGAGACAAACAGAAAGCUCAAGCUGUGUGAACCCUCUUUCUUUCUGAGGCCCACAGACACACUCACGUUAUUAACCCUUUCUGCACUGAGCUCUCUGUAUACCUGUCCUCUGUCCUCAGGAGUUCAGCUCUCAUCAGUACUUCAUAUUUGUGAGGAUCAUGUACUCUGUGGGAUACGCCGUCUCACUCGUCUCUCUGAUCAUCGCUGUGACCAUCCUCUGUAUGUUCAGGUUAGAGAUUCCAUUUAAAACUUCAGUUUUACUCCUGCACUCUGCAUCUUUUUGUUCACCUGUGAGGUCAAAUUUAACAGAAAUGUACCGCUUUUCUCCACCAGGAGGCUCCACUGCACACGUAACUUUGUUCACAUCCAGCUCUUCCUCUCCUUCAUUCUGCGAGCGUCACUCAUCUUCAUCAGAGACUCUGUCCUGUUCUCCACUGAAGACCAUUUCCACUGUGGAGUCUACCCGGUACUGUCAAAGAACUCUUACCCGUUUAUAAAGGAAUAGAGUAGACAUGUAGCGCUCCUAAGGUCGGAUUAAUGACGAUUAAGGUCAACAAAAACAAGUGAUCAUGAAAAUUUCAAUUCAUUUUGCACUGCCCCCUAUAGGUCAACUUUAAUACAGUUGUGUAGUCAUUCAGUACGUUUACAUGACACUCGAGAAAACCGAAUUAUUGUCUUACUCCGAUUAAGACAGAACAACUGAAGUGCAUGUAAACACCUUAGUCCGACUAUAAUCAGAGUUUAAGAACUCUUUUAAUUGGAGUCGGAGAACUCCAUUUAAGACACCCAGAUAAUGAGAUUGGAAUUUGAUUUUCUCUACCAUGUAACCAGCGUAGUUGGACUAUGAUCCGACAAUGCAUGUGUUCGUGCGCCACGCCCCAGAACAAAAACACCAGAGAAGAGGAGUAGUGUGCUAAAAUGCCCAGUAGCAGUUGUAGCCACUUUUGACGUCUGGCAUGGACCUGCUGUUGUUGUUGACAGUUGUAUGGGGUUGGAAACAGCGCCGCUUAAAAGACCCAUGUUGCCCCCUAGUUUUGAGGAGGAGGACACAUCCACAUCAAUAAUUCAGUUUUCUCAGCUGCAUGUAUAUGCGGAUGAGGAGAGAAGUCUGAUUCGGCGAAAUAACCGAAUUAUGAGCUUAGUCUGAUUUAAGCUGUGCAUGUAAGCGCACUGCCUGUGUUCUCAGGCCUCUACUGCCCCCUUCAGGACUGUAUAAUUGCAAAGUGUAUCUAAUGUCCUCUGCUGCCCCCUGUAGGUGAGCUACUAAAUUGGCGCAUUUAAAAAUUGCUGUCCUCUGCUGCCCUCUGUGGGAGAGCUGUAAAAUGUACGAUAUUCAGAACGCUCUGUACUGUGGUGCCCUCUGUUGGUGAACUGUGAUAUUGUAAUUUAUUUAUUUAGUAUGUUAUUUGUUUUCUGCUGCAGAUCGGUUGUAAAAUUGCCACAGCUUUGUCUAACUACAGCAUCAUGGCGAACUACAGCUGGUUGUUGGCUGAAGGUCACUUCCUGUACAGUCUGCUCAGCGUGUCUCUGUUCUCCACCAGGAGACGUCUGUGGUACUACAUCGUGCUCGGUUGGGGUAAGUUACAUAGUUGAAAUAAUGUCCUUUGUAUGAAGAUUAAUUAUAUCUCUGACUUCCGUUUAGUGAUACCUUUAAUUCACAACAUUAUUUAUGUCUUCCAGGUUCUCCGAUGGUUAUAUUGAUUGGAUGGUGCAGUGCGCGGUAUCUCCAUGAGGAUCAGGGGUAAUUUAUUUAUAAAGCACAAAAACUCUGCUGCUAUUAUCUCAGGUGAUGGAUUUCUUAUGAUUUCAUUAAUGUAACAAACAGCAGUCCUCCUGAUAUUGAAUUAAACUAUUAUUAAAAUUCAAUUACAUUGAAUUAUACUGAAUAAAUGUGUGUGUGUGAGCAGUAUGUUUUGUGGUUACUUGAACUUUCUGACCACCUGCUUCUGUGGUUGAUUUUGAAGCUGUUGGGAGACGAGGCGGAUCACGUGGAUCUGGUGGAUUCUCAGAUUACCUGUUAUCAUCUUCAUCAUAGUCUGUAAACCUUCAUAAUUUUAUCCUUUACAUGCAGUAACAUAUCAUGAUGUGGAUUAUAUACAGAGCUGUAACAGGUUAGUUUGUCUCUGCGUGUUUCCAGGUGAACCUGUCGUUCUUCGUGUGCAUUAUAAGAAUCCUGGUGGCCAAACUGAGGACUCAGGACAUGCUGGGUUGUGAAUUCAACCACUACAGGUGAGACCCCUGCACAGGUACUCAAUAUAUUACUGCUGUCUUUAAUAUCGUGAUCAGCAACACCAGUAUCUAUACUUCACAGUGGAGGAUGCAGUGUCCAUGAUUUCUGAAACGAAAGUCAGACCAGAGGACAGUUUUCCUUUUCCCCUCAGACCGUCUUAAAUGGUUUAUUUGUAGAUGCAGUGAUGAACUGUGUUGAAGGACAAUGGUUUUUGGGAGUGAUUUUGGCACACAGCGCAGUGAUUUCCACUACAAAGACCUGUCUGUUUUUAAUUCAGUCGUGCCAGAGGACCUGAAGAUCAGGGCCAUCCAGUCUUUGUUCUUGUCCUUGUCCCUUUUGUACAAAGAUUUCUCCAUAUUCCAGUUUCAGCUUCUUGAAAAUCAUUUUUGAAUCUCUCUGAUGAAGCGUCUUUAAUCUUUGGAUUCUUGUCACCUUUUUUUAGAGACCCAUACAUUCAUAUCAUUGUGUAUCUAAAUCUCACACCUUUGAGUCUGAACAGUUCUGUGUCUGCAGGUGUUUAGAGUCCUGUGCAGAUAAGAUCCAGAUGCAGGUUAAACCCUCUGUUAUAAACUAUUUACCUCCAUUAAUUCUCAUCAUUGCUCCCCAAACAGGAAGCUGGCCAAGUCUUCCUUCCUGCUGGUGUCUCUGUUUGGCUUACACUACAUCCUGUUUGCUUUCCUUCCACAUAAAGUCUCUGACUCCACACAUGAAAUCUGGACCUUUGUCGAGCUGGCGUUCGCCUCCACUCAGGUUUGCUCUCACUUGCAUCUCGAUAGCAUUAACUCUGCAGAUGUUACGAUCUUCUACAGUGACUUUACAGUGUUGUUGUCACAGUAACAGUUGUUGUUUCUUGUGCUGUUUCAGGGUUUUGUUGUAGCUCUUCUGUAUUGCUUCCUGAACGCAGAGGUGAGACUUUAUUGACCCCAAAUUAAAAUCUACAUUCACUUCUGUCAUAGAAGCUCCUCCUCUUUAAUUUACUGGAUUAUUUUGGCAGCACACAAACAGUUUGUUAUUAAACAGCAGUAGUACAAUUUGGAUUUUUUUUUUUUUGUUCAGGUGCAGAAUGAGCUCCAGAGAAGGUGGAGAAGGUGGAGGCAGAAGCAGAACCUGCAGGUAGAGACUAGGAGACCCCGUAGCUCCCUGAGUCAGAGCGGAGGAGGACCGACUAACAUCUCCCUGAUCAUCAAAUCCUCCAGUUUACCUGAGUCUGACCAGGUGUGACAGGAAGAGACUGGGAUCAGGGACUAAGAGCAGAUCCAGACUUGAGACAAAUAAAUAAGACUCAAGAGGCUGAUGUCAGCAUCACUGUGAUAAUGAAAAUUAGCGCCUUGCGGGACACCAACGGGGCCGAGCCGUGUCAUGCCGCCACCUCUGUGGACCGCCUUCCCAGCAGACCACCGCCCUGUCACACUGCCUGUCACAAAAAUAUCGUAGUAUAGUAUCAUAAAAUGUCAUGAUAUUGUAUGAUACACCCCAGUGUGAUGUUCUGCAGUGGAGCAGCAGCAGCCUGAGUUUUGUGUGCGUCAUCUGUUCUUGAAUAGUCGUCCUGUUUUUCAGAGGAUUGCUUUUUGUUGUUGAUAAUUAUAUUGUCCUUAGUUCUGUGAGGAUUGUUUUUUUUUCUGUGGUACUGCUGUCCUGAGUUUCUUUAUUAAAAUACUUGAGUUAUUGUCCAUUCCUGC